ACUUCAUGCCUUUGAAUGUCACUUAUAAAGAUAAUGAGAAUCAGCUGUAACGGGUGUAGAGUCCUACGCAAGGGUUGCAACCAAGAUUGCACCAUAAGACCAUGUCUUCAAUGGAUCAAAUCCGCAGACUCUCAAGCCAAUGCCACACUCUUCCUUGCCAAGUUCUAUGGUCGAGCCGGUCUCCUUAACCUCAUCGAAUCUGGUCCUGACCAUCUUCGUCCCGCAAUAUUUAGGUCACUUCUGUACGAGGCGUGUGGACGGAUCGUGAACCCUGUGGAUGGUUCUGUGGGUCUGAUGUGGUGGAAUUGGGCCCAGUGCCAAGCAGCCGUUGAUGCCAUUCUCAACGGCUUACCCAUCACUCACACGCCUCUUCCCAGUGCAUCCGCGUCGCACCAGAUCAUUCCUCCUCACAGGACAUACGACAUACGCCACGUGGCGAAAGAUCCAACAACAGGCGGUGACAGUUCGGAGAGUCUGGCCCUUGCCCCACGUGUCAACGGUAACAAGGUCAAGACACAAACUGGCCGGUUAAAACGCCUCGCAGAGACCGUGGACUACCAACUAGGUGAAUGCAGUCACGACACGUGGCAACUCCAGAGUUCUGGUGCAACGCAUGGCUAUGGUCAGUUGGCGUUGGAGAACGUGGCAAAUCGAAGGGAUCCAUUAAACCAAAGCUCGAAUCUUGGGUGUGAUGAUCAAGUCGAUACCAACGAGGUUGGCUUAGAGCUCAGACUUGGUUAG